GAUGGUAAGUGGAAUCCCGGCCGCUGAUUGGCCAGGAGGAAGAGAGAGCACUUGGGGACGGACACUCACACAUAAAACCCCGAAGAAUAUCAUCCCCGAACUCAAAGCCCCCCCCUUUACUCAUCAGUUUCCAUCACGUCUGUGCCGCUGGAGUCCAUCAGACCCCAUCGACCUCGCACCACCACUGCGUCGCCUCCUCGAGCAGAGACUACUGAGCAUCAUCUGUUCUCCUAAAUUGGCCACUUCACCAGAUACUCACCUACCUACCCGAAAACUUCAUCAGCCGUUGUCGAAUCCAUCACCUAUCUCCUCAGGAUCAGUCAACAGCCCACCUCACAGCGCAACCACGGCGUCAAUGCCUCUCGUCUUCGCGGCUCACGGUGAAUGGACCUCACUAUCGCGAUCCAGAUCACCAAUAGCUUCCUCUGGACGCCAAUCCCACUCACGAAUGUCGCCAUCGCGAGAGACCACUUCCCCUCAUGGCUUCAAACCUGGACAGACCCUUCCCAGAACACGUGAUCGGCUAUCGCCGACUCCUCCGGGCCAGGCAUCGAUGCGGUCUUGUUAUCCUGACGACUACUCAAGCAGCGUGGUGCCCGAACACAUUAUGGGUGAGCAGCACUCCAGCAUGACCGUGUCGCCAAAGACAAGGAAGCAGCCUCUGUCGGCCCCCAGAAGCCCGAGAUAUGGAUCGCGGGGAAGCACAAGCGUCGAGGAUCACAGCAGUCUCGCUGCAGUUGGAUCGUGGAGUAGCCAGAGCGUCCAUAAUGGAGACUACCACACACGCCGCGUCAUCCAGAGCGACCUUGCCAGGUAUGAGGAUGAAUCAUCGUACAAGUACGCGCCUUAUGAUGACUUCAUCCUCUUCCCCGAUGAGAGCUCGGCAGACACCCAGGAGAGGGCUUCGGUCUACACUCGACAGUCGCCAGCGCCGCUAGGCCCCCGCAUCUCCAGGCUUCGUACGCCCGACAUCGCACCACUGUCGACCGAUGUCCAAUUCUUCCCCUGCCUUGGCGACGAGGCCGAAGAGGACAGGAUCAACGAGGCGUGGUACCUCGCCGGCCGUGAGAGGGUCGCUUCUCAAAUGAACGAUGCUCUGGCCUAUAUAUCGGCCAUAGAGAGACACAGCCGCGUGCUGAGAGACUGACGUGAGGUUCUA